UAUUUUCGUUGAAGAUGAAAUCAGUUUUUUGAGAUGUCUUCUCGAAAAACGAACUAAAAAUAAGCGAAAUUAAUUGUGUUUAAUUCGAAUUGGGACUUGUUAUGGCACCUUUGAGAAAAACUAAGGAAUGGUCUCGUUCCAUAAUCUGCAAGCCCAAGGAUAAUCUGAAAACCGAAGCCGGCAUGCGGGCCCAACGACGGGCAAUCGCUCUGGCGCGAAAUCGCGAAGACUUAGAGGAGGAUGCAAAGCCGAAGGUAAUCAAGAACGAUUUCGAUUGGUGGCUGAAGCUGCGCAAAACGAACAAGAGUUUCUGCUCCAAAGGAUAGCCCGCUGUUGACCGAGAGCUUUCGCUUGUGUAACGGUACUAGCGAAGACACGAACCAUAUCAGUGCAAGCUUUUGGCCAUGAACUACGCAACCUUACACACGAUUAGGCGCCCAGGUCUUAACUGCAAUAGCAUUGAAAUCAUUUCAAUUCAGAUAUUAUAAAAUGGAUAUGUAUCAAUAAACCUGACUAAUAGAAAAAAUUACCCGUCUUAGCCCGGCCUGCAUUAAUAAUAUGGAAAAUACAAGUAGAACCAAAA